AUGGCCAACCAAGGUCCAGCUUCAGCUUCUACAGCUGCCCAGACUAUUGCAACAAACGAUGAGCACCGAUCGCUGUACUUGUCCUACAUUGAACACUGCAAUGCGCACAACUUCAAUGCGAUGGAGGCAUUUUAUACAUCGCCAAUCAACAUCAAUGACAAACCUUGGUCCCCGUCUGAAGUCACGGCGCAGUUCAAGCCUCUAGUUGCUGCAUUCCCGGACUGGCAAUGGACGAUUAGGCACCUGACUAUCGAAAACGGUUAUAUGGCACUUCACUUGAGUGUAACUGGCACUCAUCAAGGCGAAUUCCAGGGGAUCCAACCAACCGGACGCCGCGUGACUACGUCGCAGUUUACCCUCUACCGACUAAGGGAUGGGAAAUUCACCGAUGUUUGGGAUCUUAUCGAUAUAAACUCAGUGGUAGACCAGAUCAAACAAGUCGGAUCAAAAUGA